AUGGCGACACCCGCAGCAACUAAGCGCCUCACCAAAGAAUACGCCGCCAUCACGAAAUCACCUCCGCCCUACAUAUCCGCACAUCCAUCUGACAAGAACAUCCUGGAAUGGCACUACAUCCUGACGGGCCCGCCCGACACCCCUUACGAUGGCGGCCAGUACUGGGGCACCCUUCUCUUCCCGCCUGACUACCCUUUUGCGCCGCCCGCUAUCCGCAUGCACACUCCUUCCGGCCGCUUCCAGCCAAGCAGCCGGCUCUGCCUAAGCAUUUCCGAUUUCCACCCCAAGAGUUUCAACCCCGCAUGGGAGGUCAGCACCAUCUUGAAUGGUCUGCUGAGUUUCAUGACUAGCGAGGAGAUGACAACCGGCAGUGUGAGAGCGUCGGAAGCCGAGCGGAAACUAUUCGCGCAGCGCACGAGGUGGUGGAACAGCACUGGCGGCGGAACAAAAUCUUCUGGUUCAGCAAACACCGGAGGAUCACAAGCAGGCAAUAUCAGGGCGGGUGAUGGCGGUUCAAAGUUCAGGCACGAGUGGCCCGAGGUUGACGAGGAGAACCUAAAGUGGAUGAAGGAGAAGAAUAUCGAUCCUGCGACCGGCCUGCCGCGACCCAAACCCACUCCUUCACAACCCGCUUGCUCGCCAGACGUUUCCGGUCUGAGGCGACGACCCGGAACGAGCGCGACCGUCGUUCACGACGCAGCGCAAAUAGCACGAGAUGCGGGUCAGGGAUGGUUGGCUCGCAACAGGUUUAAGAUUAUCAUCGGCAUCUUUCUCCUAUAUAUCCUGGUUGCUAGGGUGCUGGGUGACGGCGCCAUAUCAUCUUCUGCCUGA